AUGCCGAUAUGCUUGGUUAUCCGUCUACACAAGUAUUCUGUGGUUAGUACAUGCAAUGGUGGAUGGUGUGGAGGAAAUUGGAGGUGGAUAGCGGCGUAAUUUCGAAAUGUGGCGAUGUAUAUCCAUUUCAUGAAGCAAUUACGAAACAGAAUAUGUGGCUUUCUUUCGUAAUGUAAGGCAUAGGUAAUGAUAACCAAUAGUUCUAUUAACAAGCUCAAGGCUUCUAAAAGCUCAAGAGACUUGGAAGACAUAGGGGAAGGUGAGGGACAUAUCAAGUGCAGCCUGUCUGAAAAGGGAGAAGGAGAAAAGGAUAAGCUAACCUCCAUUUCAGGCGAUAGUGCAAAUAUCCGAACUCCCUUACCUACAAUUGUGAUUUGUCAACGAGAGAGACCUGAUAAUAGGCUUAAGUCACGCCCUCGUGUAAGAGAUGAAUUUCGAAUGGCUCGAGGAGGUCCAGUGGAUAGGAGAGGUUCCAGUGUUCGGAGCAGAGGAGGUGGUAUGUCGAGAAAGGUGGAAAGAGAGGGCGAAUCAAAUUUAUUAUCUCGUAAAUUUCAAGAAUCGUUGAACAAAGGCAACUCUGACUCUGCUGUUUCAUCUGCAUCAUCAUCAAAAUACUACAAUGAUAUUGAACGUAGCAAGAGCAGAUUGGAUUUUGGGUAUAUGGUUCCUGAGGACUCGAGGAUAUCUAAACUACUGCGCCGCUUGUGUAGAGAAGAUGACUCAGAGAAAUUCUUAGUCCUUUGCAAACAGUUACAGGAAUCUUUGAUGGUUCCUGAAAAUGGACGCUACAUUCGGCGAUCCUUGGAUCUUAUAGCUGAAUCACUACUGGACACACUACAUAGUGGGCCAGGUUUUGAUGCAAAGUCCCAAGCUGCAAAGUGUCUGGGACGAGUUGGAUAUGUUUUAGAGCAAGAUUUCAAGAGAUACAUGGAUUGGAUUUUCACAAAAUAUGCUGUUGAGAGAAAUGACGAAGUGAGGUUGCUCUUGAUGAAAGCUAUGGCAGAAACAUUGAAGUUAGAGGGAGAGGUGCCAAAGUUAAAGGAAUUUUCAGUUGUGCUGAUGACCCAGUUACAAACAGCAUUAGAGAAUACCGACCUGCCAGAAUUACUCAUGGGAACGGUUGAUGUCAUUAUAUUGUUGACAGAAAUUUAUCCAUCAACAUUUACCAAACAUUUCAGGGAUACAGUGGACAUUUUGGUUGGAUGGCACAUAGAUGGAAGUCAGGCAAUUACUGUGACCCAAUAUGCAUCAUGCAGCCUGCAGAAGCUAAAUCGUUAUUGGGUGGCAGACCUCCAGUUCUCGCUCACCUUGUUGGGACAGUUUCUUGAAGAUAUGGAAGCGUAUGGAGAAGAUCUUGUGUUCCCAACAUCAGGGCGUUCAUCCCCUGCUGAGGAUCCUCCUCCAACACCAGAAGACUGCAUCUUAAGAAUUACUUCUCUCAUAAGAGUGUUCAACACUGUUACAAAGAGUCUAGGACAACAUUUAAAUCCAACCGUGUCACCAGCGGUUGCUUGGACAUUCAUAACAGACUGUUUUGCCAAGAUGCUGCGUACUGUGGUUAAAGCCUUGGACAUUUGUAUGGAUGAAGAUUUAAUAGUUACAGCUAAUGAAUGCACUUGCUUGCUGCUGUUGCAUUUGCAAUCAAAGACUUCAUCAGCUAAUGAGAUGCUGUAUGGACUGAUAGAUACACAGCUUUCACUAGUGCCACAGCUUGCAGACUUCACCAUUAUAUCCAUGCUCAAGAUGAUUGCAAAGACUGUACGAGAGGUGAGUGCAAAUCUGCCCCUGGAACUCGUGCAGAAGCUUCUGGGAUCUGACUCACCCCUGCUGGAGCUGCGUUUUUCACCCUCUCUAAACGUCCAGGCAGAAGUCUUGGCAGUAUACCAUAGUCUUCUUAACCUAAAGAAUAUCCCAUUACUGCAGGAAGCAUACAGGUAUGUUCUUGGAGAUCUUGAGGUAGCAUACAGAAUGUAUGUGCCAUCUAUAGAAGAAUUGUGCCAGCAGAAUCCUCACACAAAUCUUGUGUACAUUAUGGACAAUGUGGAAACUGUGAUUAUAUUUCAUCUCCGUGCUCUUGCAGAUCUAGCAAAUGCAAGUAAUUCCAUCAUUGGAAUGUGGGCAUUGAAACCUAGCAUCUUGGAGUUGCUGGCUGUGAAGUUGCUGCCUUAUGACAAGGAUUUGGCACAGCACAGCCCAGUGUUGCAAUACUCUGUUCUCUACCUGCUUUAUAGUCAUUGUUCAAGGUACAAUCAUUUUGUGUCCAGCAGUGGUUUGGUAAGUUCUGCACAUGGCAGAUCAAAUGUACAUGAUAUUCUUGGUUUGCCGGUCACUCUCGGUUCAGAAGUACCCACAACGUCUCCCACCAGUGGACACCUCUCUAUCAUUCUUGGUCUGCUUGCAAAUAUGCUCUCACAGGAAACAUCGGAGGAAACGAGACUGUUGGUUCUGUCAUGGGCACGUGAACUGCUUGCUCAAGCUCAACCUUACAUGACUGUACUGCAUCAGACAGCUGAGUUUGAGAAAAUCUUGUGUACCAUUGUUGGUGCUGGCUUCCAUCAUAGUGCAGCAAUUGUUUUAGGAGUUGCAGGAAAUGUUGAGCAGGUGUUAGCUGCCAAGGAGGUGCCUUGGAAAGGUACGCUUUUGUCCAAGAUUUUUGAGCUUUGCGUUCUGCAUCUGAACUCAACGAACAACAGAGUUAGGACAAAGUUCAGUCAGCUGUUGUCCCUAGUGCCCUGGUAUGUCACUGUUUCAAGACUAACAGAUAUGAGUCAUGCUGUGGAUGUGAAGAACAAACCCCUGCAAGAACUGUCAGGUUUUACCCUUGACAUCCUGCAUGCCGCACAGACUCAUCAUUUGUUAAGGGGCUGUUGUGGUGAUAUGCAGCCACAGAAUUUCCGGAAGUUCAUGGGUUAUCUCCUGCAGGGUGUACAUCACAGUGAUAACAAUUGGCUGCAAGACAUAUUCUGCAGCUGCUGGCCACUGCAGCCAUCACCUCGGACUGCAGAUGAAGAUAAGGCCAUCUGUAUGUUUGGUAACUUGGCGCUUGCAUCCAGUUUAGUUCUGCUCUCGUGGGCUGCUUCAGAAGCAGCUCAUCUGUGUGUCAUGUACAAGUUACGUACACCGCUAGGAAAGCCACAGGACACCUUCACUAACAUCGAAGGAGCCAUAAAGAGUCUGGCUCGUGAGAUCAACCAGCAGCAAGUAGGCCCAGAAGAAUCCUCUCUUCCUUAUUUCAAAGAGACAAUGACAACCACCAAUGGCAAGCUUGCUGGCACAUUGUGUUGUGGAACUUGGGAGCAGCAGAGAGUCAGGCUUUUGCUGGAGUUCUUGGAACACUUGGAGAAGGCAAUGCACAAUGCUGCUGAGGGAUGUGCAACAGCUAUGCUACCUCCUCCCAAGCCAGUGCGGACAUUCUUCCACACAAACAAGAGCACUUGUGGUGAAUGGCUGACAAGAAUUCGCUCUGCUGUGGUCGUAGUGGCAAUCCAUGCUGGACAGGCAACUACUGCAAUUCGCCAUGGGCAUUGUAUGUUGCAAGAUAUGGUAGAUGCCAACAACACUCAGGGUCCUGAGUUUGAAAGGUCUGUGAUGCAUGUCUGUUGGGCCCUCUGCAAACUUUGUGAACCAGAAGCAAUACAAGGACUGAAUGCAUGGUGUAGAGAUGUUGCUGGGCGAAAGUUUGCUUGGCUGAAAUUUGCUUCUGAACAAGCCCAUGGAAGGUUUGAAACUGCAGCUGAAGGUUAUCGAAAAUUAUUAAACCAGGAGUGUGUUGGGUCAACACCACAAAAUUCACCAUCACACUUGAUUACUGAUGGGAACAUCUCCAGUCCAGUGAAACAAGUCGGGAAAACUGAAGUAGAUGAGCAUGUAUUAGGGUUUAUAGCUGAUCAGUUAACAGAGUGUUACAAGGCUGUAAGUAAUUGGAGUGAUCUUCUGAAGUGGAAGGAGAAGGAAUCUGAACUGUGGAUGAAUCAGAAUGGAGGAACCCCAGAAAAAUAUCUAAUGAGUAGUGUAACAAGUACUGCACAUGCAAAAUCAUUGGCCAAAUUUGAAGAAGGAGAGUUGGCAGCUAUGAAUGAGUUGAUGAAGUGGAAUGUUAAGGAACCAUCUGCAGAACAGUUGUCAGACGUUGGCAGUGACAGCAGGAAGUGCUGGAGCAGUUACAAGCUCAUGGGUAAAGCAUACACCAUGCUCACAAGCAUAGCAAUGACUCUUGUUGCAGAUGGUGACAGCAACGAUGUGGAAACAAAUAAUAUUGUGUGGGGUGAGAAGAUUCAAAAGUGUUCAUAUAUUGCACAAUGUCAUCUGCAGGAAGGUCUGAGGAAUGCACCAUCAGAAUUCCUGCAUGAAGCGGCUGUACUGCAGUAUGCUGCAUCAGGCCUGCAGAGCAUGCUGGCAGGAAAGCCAGAUUGCAACGUGUUCAGUGUGAUCAAUGGGCGUGCUGUUGAUACCCUUAGUUCAUCUCUCCUGACCCAAGUUCUCUGGUGGGUGAAGUAUUUUGACAAGGCUGGCAGCAAAAAUAUGGGAGGUGACCUGCAGUGUUGUUCCUCCUGGGUAAACCAGUUAGUGCUAGAGGUAUCUAGAGUGUCCCGUAAAGAAGGAAAUCUCAUGCUGGCACAGAAGUUACUCAUUGAUUAUCUGAAAUUGGAAGAUGGGUUCUUGUGUGUUGGCACAAAUAAUAAACUUUUAUUGGAGGACAUUGCACAGUGUCUUGUUGAUACAUCUGUCAAAGGGAAGGAGUCAGCUCUGCCUCUUUCCAUGAUUUGGGGUGUCCAGACUGCUAAGGCACUUACUGAGGUUGCAAAGGUACUUUAUAGCCUGGAGAAACAUGAGAGUGCAGUGCAGGUGUGUGCAGUUGGUGCACUGAACCUUGCCCAGCAAGUGGCAAACAGAGACCCACAGCUUCGUGAAAGGGGAUCCAGGUUGCUGCUUAUUCUUGCUAAAUGGCUGCAGCAGGAGAAUCAUCUUGUUUCUUCAGAGACAGACAGUGACAGAAGUGCCAUGGGACGACUGUUGGCAUGGGAAAAGGCUCACAACACUGUUAAUGAUCUGUCUAUAUUUGGCAUUGUUGAAGUUCAAAGCUGCAAUACAGUCUGUCACAAUGGUGUGUCUGUGAUUCCUCCUACGGAUGCUGUAAUUGGUCAGCUACUACAGUUGGGUGUGGCAAGAUGCCCAGAACUUGCUAAAGCCUGGAGUCAGUUUGCAUCCUGGUGCUAUCGAUGGGGUCGACGUGUGGUGGAUGCAGCUAGUGAAGCUGGAGGACAAUUGUCUGAGGUGGAUAGGGUUGCAGUGCAGCAUCUCAUGCCUCCUGGAAUGACUGCAGAUGAUUUAGAUAAAGUGUACUUUGUUCUGAGUCAGACUCGGGCUGUUGCUGAUGAGGAAGAUAUUGAGACAGAAGAUAUCAACACAUCUGAAAUGAUUGAAAAUCAGCUGCAGAAUAUCCAUGCACUGAAUGGAUCAAGUAGUGAGCAGUUAUCACGUCUGAUGGGGAUAUGGCGUGAUGCCCAAAAACGUAUUUACAGCUACCUUGAACUCUCUGCUGUGGCCUAUUUCAAGUAUCUGGAGUUGUGUGGGGAUAAGGAGAGUGUCAUUGGUGGGAUGGAAAAUAACUGCACAACCAUCACUGCCACUCUGCGUCUCCUGCGACUGAUAGUGAAACAUGCUCUGGAACUGCAGACUGUACUGGAGUCUGGACUUGCCACUACACCAACACGGCCCUGGAAGGGCAUCAUCCCACAGCUGUUCUCUCGACUCAGCCACCCAGAACCAUAUGUGAGGCGACGUGUAUCAGAGUUACUGUGUCGUGUUGCUGAAGAUGCACCACAUCUUAUCACAUUCCCAGCAGUGGUGGGAGCUGCUGCUGGAGGGGCACGACUGCGGGACAUGACGAUGGGUACAUCUACUUCACGAUUGUUUAGCGCUUGCCUGUCCCAGCCUUCAGCUGAGGAUGGCUUGGGAGAUGGAGAAGAUGAAGAAGAUGAAGAUGAAGAGGAUGAAGAAGAGUGUGCUAGUGAAGAGGAAAAUCAAGUAUCUGUUUUGAAGAACUGCUUCCUGGCUAUGGUGGACACACUGUCAAAACAGGCCCCAGAAGCCAUCUCACAGGUUCAACUACUGGUACAGGAGUUGCGCCGCAUUACAUUGCUGUGGGAUGAACUGUGGCUAGGAACACUGGUGCAACAUCAUGCAGAGAUCUCCAGGCGUAUGCAGCAGCUGGAACUGGAAGUUCUACGAGUGGAGGACAACACGUCUCUGUCUUCAGCAGACAAGGACAGGCUGAUUGCUGAAAAACAUCGCAUUAUUCUCAAACCUUUGGUGUUCAUUCUAGAACAGUUACAUGCUAUAACAUCAGUAGCUCCAGAGACACCGCAUGAGAAAUGGUUCCAGGAAAAGUUUGGAGAGUAUAUUACUGAUGCACUGCACAAGUUGAAGACCUCGUGGAAUCCUCGUCGUCCACAGGAAUCAUGGCAGCCUCUGAAACAGUUGCAGUCACGGCUGCAACAACGAGCACAGAAGCGUGCUGCAUACACAAUUCGCAUGGUGGAUAUAAGCCCAGCACUAGCUGGUUUAAAGGAUUCUUUUAUUGCCAUGCCUGGUGUUGCUUCAAGGUCAGGCACCAUCAUCACAGUGUCUGCUGUGGAUAAUAACAUUGCCAUAUUGCCAACCAAAACUAAACCCAAGAAACUGGUGUUCCAUGGCUCAGAUGGACAGCUGUACACGUACUUAUUCAAAGGGUUGGAGGACCUUCAUCUGGAUGAACGCAUCAUGCAGUUCCUUAGCAUUGCUAAUACAAUGAUGCAACGCAGCAAUUCACCUUCAGAGUCGAUGUACAGAGCUCGUCAUUAUUCAGUGAUACCUCUUGGACCUCGCAGUGGACUCAUUAGUUGGGUAGAUGGUGUUACACCUUUGUUUGGACUUUACAAGAGAUGGCAACAGCGAGAAACAGUGACUGUGUCCCUCCGUGGCGGCCAGUCUUCAACAAGUCUCCAAGGAGGCAAUGGCCCAGGGCAGGUUAUGCGUCCAUCAGAGUUGUUUUACAGUAAACUGACACCCCUUCUGAAGGAAAGAGGUAUUUCUAACCUUGACAAUCGCAAAGAAUGGCCACUGCCAAUUCUUCGUCAAGUACUAACUGAGCUUAUGGAUGAAACUCCAAAGGAUCUGUUGGCAAAGGAGCUCUGGUGUCACAGUGUGAAUGCUGGUAGUUGGUGGCAGACAACUCGGACAUACUCCUAUUCGGUUGCUGUCAUGUCUAUAAUUGGCUACAUCAUAGGGCUUGGAGAUCGACAUCUGGACAACGUCUUGGUUGAUUUGUUAACUGGAGAGGUGGUACACAUUGACUACAAUGUGUGUUUUGAGAAGGGGAAGACUUUAAGGGUGCCAGAGAAGGUUCCUUUUCGCAUGACACCGAACAUUCGCACUGCCCUUGGUGUUACUGGUGUGGAGGGUAUUUUCCGCCAGGCUUGUGAACAUGUGCUGAAAGUUAUGAAGAAAGGCCGUGAAACAUUGCUGACACUGCUGGAAGCAUUUGUGUAUGACCCAUUGGUAGACUGGACUCCUGGCAAUGAAGCUGGAUAUACAGGUGCGGUGUAUGGAGGUGGUCAAGCAAUCACCAUGGAGACAAAGCAGAGUCGCAAAGAACUGGAAAGGGAAGUGACACUAGGAAUGUUCUGUGUUCGUGUAGCUGAGAUAAAGGCUGACUGGUUAGCUAACAGGGAUGAACUAUUGGCUGCUAUCUUGGAGCUUGUGUCAAAAUUAAACCAGUGGCUGGAAGUUCAGGGACGCAUUAAAAUAGCCAAGGAAUCACUUCAAGACUGCCACCAACAGAUGGCAUUGGUGAAAGAGGCAGAGGCACAUGGUCCCUCUGCACAACACCCACUGUACACACUGGCUACACGCUAUGCCAAGCAUCGCCGUGCACGUGAUGCACAAGAGAAGGCUUGUGUGGCACUCAAGGAGAAGAUUGAAGACUGUGAGAAACACCUGAACCUCCAUAAGGUGGCUUUGGCAUCAGUAAGAGGACCACAGCUAGCGCAGUGGGUGGCAGAACUGAACUUCCCAGUUGACAAGGAUAGUCACAUGGUGUUUGACUUGGUAAAAGAAUUCCUCCAGAAUGCUGGUCAGGGGCAAAUGAUCUUACAGUGUGAGCAGUCUGAAUCAGAAUUAGGACAGUUGGCACAGCAGCAGAUAAUAUUGGUACGCAACUGUUUGGAUCUGCUGAGUCAGUAUGGAACUGUGGCGAGUCUCUACCCAGCCUCAUAUCUCAACUCACACCGUUCAGUAUGCUAUCGACGUUGGGCACAGCAGCUGCUGAAUGAUAUGUCAGUAGAGAGCUGCCAUGAAGUUCUGGCCCAAUUCCGUUCUCUCUUCUCUCCUGAGGCAAUAAAUAAGCCACUGAGUCAGCAGGUUAUUGCAUUCUCAUACCAACUUCAGACCUCGCUGGCUGAGGCUAAUGCUCGCCUAAAGAAGAGCUAUGAGUGUCUGGCAGCUGAAGGACUGCCUGAAGCAUGUGUCCGAUUAGAAUCGGCUUACAAUGAGGCUCAUGCAGGGAUCAAAGCCUUCCUGAGGGGGGAGAAAGGUGCAGCACUGGCUCUGGAGUGUGUCAACAUAACAGUGCUCUGUUCUUUAAACAAGCGUUACCUCAUGAUGGAAGCCGCUGCACUGAGUGCUGGAGAUUGCCUGGUGGACCUAACGUCUCGGGAUGGUGACUGGUUCCUGGAUGAAAUGUGUCUGGUGAGCUCUCUGGUGACAGAAUUGGCAAGUCUUCUACCAUCACAUCAUCAGCUCGAUUCAACCACUAGAGCAGAUACUAGAGUGGAACUGGCAUUACAGUGUCUCAAGUCUGCACAUAGCAUCUAUAAAGGCCUCCAGGAAUUGAACUUCAACUUUCACACCAUUAUUCUCCCUGAAGCACUGAAAACUAUCCAGACAGAAGAACCGACAGUGCUGGCCAUGGUAAAUGAAUUGAAUGACAUCAUUGCUGGAGUAGGCUGUCCUCUGGAAGAUUUACUGGCCCAAUUGGAGAUGCAUCUACGUUACAUAAUUAUGGAGAUGGAUUCCCCUCACCAUAGUGCUCAGCAAAUGGUAGCUGAGAUUCGAAAAAGGUUUGAAGUACUGCUGUUGAGACCUGCUGAGUUAGUUACGGAUGAGACAGGUGACCAAGCUACCAGUGUGAACACCAGCUCUGUGGCUAGUGGUAGUGAUGAUGUUCUGACCCCAGGUCAAAUGCUCCUUAUGGGUUUCAAUGGCCUUUUCGAAAAACUGCAGUUGGAGGGGAAUGCACUGAUUGCUGCUCUUGAGACUCUGGAUACACCACAUUGCUGGAAGAAGGUAGACCAAGUGUGGGAAGCAAAGGCCAUGGCGGCACCAGUGUUUACUGAUGCAACUCGUGCUGUGUUAGAAGACAUCUUCCUGUUGAAGAGGCUCACAACAAUGCAAGAAUUCUUCACAUUAUGUGGUCAUGUGGCUCAUGGAGUGGCUUCAGUGCAUGAUGAUAAUCAUUUAAAUAAGCCAAUCAGGCGUUUCACUGCUGAUUAUGUGAGCCGUCAGCUGCUUGGAGUCACUUCACAAACUCUGGCUUUGGCUCUUUGUCUCCUGCUACAAAGAAUUGGUCUUAAUGUGACAGUGGAAGUAGAGCAAAGAGACAUUGGUGCUGAGAACAAGGUGCCACUAGAAGAGUUGUGUAGGAAAGCAGUAGAUCUGAGCAUGAAGAGUUGUCAGUUCUCUGGAGGCACACUUGCUCAAGCUUCAGGACUUACUAGUACUUUAGAGGUCACAUGGAGACAUAGGGAAGUAGCGCGACACCUUCAGCAGCAGGUAGAAGCCCAGAGAUCCACAUUGCAGCGUCUGCAGCUCCAGCUAACAGCACAUCACUGGCUGCAUGAAGACACAUUAAUGCUACAGGGAGCUCCCAUCACUGCCAUGGCUCCUAUCAGUCGGCCAAAAUUCAUGCUGGAAUUGCGGAAAACAUCGUCUGCACUGCUAGCUUUGCAAGCACGACUUAGUGAAGCACGAGAACAGCAGAGUACUUUGGUGGCUAGUGUUGAGCAGCGUCUCAAGUGGGCUGCAGGGGCUAACCCUGCGCUUAGUGAAGUGCUGGCUGCAUUUGAGUCAGCGGUAAAUUUCCGCACUGAGAGGCUUAACCUGGAACAAAGACUGUCAGCUCUGGUUGGAAAUACAUGCAAUGCUGUACUGCACCAUGAAGCCUUGCGUACCAGAACCUCUGAAGCCCUGGCACAUGAUACUGCUUUCCUUCAGUUGGUGGACCAGUGUGAGAAAAGUUGUGUGCUAGCCGCAGGGUGUGAGCAGAUAGUCACACCAGCAGAGGAGAGUCUCGUUCAGCUUCUGACUCCAGAUGGACCUAUUGAUCACACAUGGAUACAUAAUGCUGAAGUGAUCAUCUCAGAUACAGUGAAAACAUUGCAACAGCAGAUGGCGGCACUUCAAGAUUCGUUGUUUAUCGCUCAGGAUUGCCUGAAGAAUCAAGUGAUAGCUGUAAGAAACCGUCUCUCUUCACAUCACAAGCUGAUGUCCGAUGUGCGCAACUUGUUGAAAUCCAUGGUGAAGCUGGAGGACUGUGGUUUGACUGGGCUGCAGGAUUAUGUUAUGAGUUACCGCACAUACUCUGAACAUUUCUCAGCACUGAUUCGAGAGCUUAUGUCAGAUGAAUUGGAUAUUGACUGUGUCCAUAAGGCAAUGGAUCAGUUGGAACAUCUUAAGGAAAAGACAAAUCCAAUUUAUGAGGAGCUGGUAAUGUUUGCAAAACGACAAGAGGGGAAGCAGCUGGAAGGGGCCUUGGCAUGCAGCCCACCUGCAGCAGGUGAGGAUGCCGUUGCUUUUGGAGGUUUGGGGGGUCGAUCCAGACGGCCACCACUACUCCGACAGGAGAGCAUUUGCUUGUCUCCAAGGAAAGGUGUGCCAGCACCUGUUGCGCCAGUUGUCGCCAAGCCUAGCAGAGAUCCACACACAGGCAAAGCUGUGCAAGAGAGGAAUACGUACGCAUUGGGAGUAUGGCGGAGGGUCAGAAUGAAACUGGAAGGGCGAGACCCUGACCCAGGUCGUAGAGCCACAGUGCAAGAGCAGGUGGAGUAUGUCAUCCGGGAAGCAAUGAGUCUUGACAACUUGGCUUUGUUGUAUGAGGGUUGGACGCCAUGGGUAUGAAGAGACUCAGCUGGAUAUGGAUCAAGCAUUUGGUUUGAGUUCUGGGCAAAAAAAGUCCCAUCGUUCAUCGUAACACAUGGCCGACGUCCCCAGCACGCGGGGAAGAACAAGCGGGAGAUCAGAUGCAUACAUCCAUCUCUCCGCACGUGUACAUGACGUGCGGGUGUCCAGAUAAAGAAAUAAAUAAAAUGUAAAGCCAAAUGUAAAGCUUGUCAUCUGAUCACCAAAGCUUUACGGCCAAGUGAGUAAGUGGUACUUGCUAGCUUGGUUAUCGUGCAUUCGCUGCUAACCAACGGAUUGUUGGUUGCCAUUAUGAAUUUAAUGGACAGCUCUAAUCACAACAAUUUCGUAAGCAACACAUAAACAUGUCCCUCUCUUCUUCAUCAUCUCUCUUGGUAUUUGCAGUUAUUCAUCAUAUGCAUGCACAAUACACAAGUGUUGACAUGCUAAUGGUUGGUUGUAACUCCAAGUUAUUGAAGACUCAAGUAUGAACUAAAUGGUAAUUAUCUUUUAUACCAUUUAAUUCCACAAGCAAUUUAAAAGAUAAGCAUAUAAUAUUUUAAAUCUUCAUUAUCUCUCUUUUAUUUAUCAGCAUUUAAAUUCUUUGUUUUUUUCUUUUCAUUACAGAGCACACACUUUUGGUAGUUGUUUGCUUUAAUAAGACACCAGUGUGGGGUAUCAGCAGAGUUAUACAUAUUCUUGGCUUUUGGUGAAUAUUAUUUUAAUGGUGUUAAACCACAAAAUUUUAAUGUACUAUAACGCAUUUUCUUCAGAAACAAGUCCCAAGAUCACGUCAGUUGAUUACAAGAUAUGCUCUUAAAAUGUUGGCUUCAGUGGGUAAGGAAAUGAAGGAAACUCAAGGAAUUUUGGGGGGCUGUGUAAUUGUACUUUCUUGAGCAUACACAUACAUUUAGUGGGCUUUGGUAGUUUAGUUUAGACUUUGAAUUAAUUUUAUUACAAUAAAUUGGGCUUGGACAUCUGUGGAUCUUAUAUGACUGAGGUGGUGGGUUUGAUUAAUUUAUUUAUUUAUUGUAUAUAAUGGCUAAAGUUAUGAGCCAUGUAUUUAAGGUGUUUAGUAUGUUAGCUGAUGAAUUUUAUUAUAAUAGAAAUUUACAUUGUAAAUGCGUGGAAUUGUAACAGAUGCACGAUUUGAUUUACAGCUUUGUAUUACAUGUGUGACAAAUAUUGCAUUGUUCCUGGAAGUUAAAAGUGAAGUAGGAACGUUAUAACUAUGGAGUUUAUUUAAUUGUAUGUACAGUUCUUUGCAGAUUUUACUUAAUUAAAAAAAUAAUAUGCCUAGGUGACAAACUGAAAUCAAGUUUGUGACGUUGAAGUUCUUGAGUGAUCCACAUAAACUGGAAUAAUUUAGGCUGGCUGCUAGGGGAUUGGUAUGCAUGAGGUUUUCAGCUGCAUCAGACAAGAGACUUAAGAAUACAAUGUUGGCAAAGAAUUCUGUAAGUAACGGCUGCUGUAUAGUAGUUCCUCUAAAUCUGGGGUGGGGGCUAAAGUGAUUAAUAACCAGGUAAGUGUAACAAAAGUAUUUGUAACUUUGGUGAUAAGAGUGUUUGCUCCAUUAAUAUAAAUUAUGCUCUAACCCUUUCAUAGUUAGUGCAAAUUUAUGUGCCAAUAGUCUGCAUUAAUGAGUAAUCAUCGCUAUGUGCAUGUUGAAGCCUCGUACAAUAUUUCAUCCCUACACAUUUCAGUAAUUUUCUUACAUUAAAAAAGUCUGAUCAUGAUUACCCUCUGUUAAGAUGAACUUACACUAUAUCAGUAUACUGUGUGACAAAUGAAAAAUAGUGAUAAAAUGGCACAUUAUUCAGUGCCGAAUUGUUCCAUCCAACCUUUAUCAUGUGGUGGAAUUUUUAUAUCCAUAAUAAGGUUCAUGUAAAUGAAAUAUCUUAUAAUCAGAAAUAUUCUUGUGAGUGUGAUAUGUGAAUUGUUUUUUGAGGAAAAUGCAAGGAACAUUUCAAAUUCUGUUUCAGGGGAUUUGAAAUCAAAUUUGUAAUCUAUUUGGAUUUGAAAUCAAAUUUGUAAUCUAUUUGGAUUUGAGAUUCUCAUAGCUGUGAGUAUGAAUAUAGCUUUCUUAUGGGUUGUAGUGUGAUGUAGUCUGGUAGACGUUUACCAUUGUUUUAGAUGUCCUUUCUGCCCCCAUCGUCAGGGUGACUUAUCACUACCUUCAUGAUGAUGAGUCACCCUGGUGGUGGAGGCAGCAAGACCUUUGAAACAAUGGUAGACUUCUACCAUGCUACAACCCAGAAGACAACUAUUUUUGUAAUGUUUGUUUUGUUCAGAUACUUAGAAGCAGUAACUUGACCAGUUUGUGAUUAUUUUGUGUUCUGUAGAUAUUCAGGGAGGUAGUCAGUCAUACCAACAUUUUUUCUUUAUAUGUAAUGUAAAAUACUGAGAGAGGUUACGUAACUACAGUUGUGUAUCUACAUGUACGCAUGAAAUGCUCCUUUGGAAUGGUUUUUUAGAAGCAAAUUUUGCAAUUAAAUUCCUUCAUUUGUAUGGCAGAUAGUCUAUAGAACGUCUUGUAACUUGGUCUUUACAAUCAAACUCCAAACCAAAUACUGCAUAAGGCAUUAGUUUCUGCUAAUUUGGGAUACUGUUUUCCCUCAAAAAUUUUAAAAUGUUGAUUUUUGUGUAAGUCCACUUGUAAGUAAACUUGGUUUAUAAUACCAUGCAUAUAAUGGGUGUUAUGCCUGUAGGUGAUAGGUUACUUGUUUAAAUAUAAAUUAAGUACAAGAUAGAAUAUUAUGUUUUGUGUUUGUGAAAUGAGAGAUUUUUGAAUGGAGAGAGGGUAUGUGUUGCUGAGUUGUGGUUGUCAGAGGAGCACCACCAAUAGUAAUGGAAGGUGAUAGAGCUUGUAAACUUAAUGUAUAUUUAAUAUUUCAAUUGGAUUUAGUGACAGUUGCACACAUCUGAUAUUCCAUAUCUGUACUGUCAUGGGCAUAUUAUGUUCAGUCCAUAUAACUGAUAAAGUAUCUUUUUUAUCUCUUCUCAAAGGACAUGUAAUUAAAUUUCAGAGAUGCCAGCCAGUGAUGUAGCUAUAAAUUUUGCAAAUUAGAUUCAUUGAUUUAAAAGCAUGUGUCCCUAUCAGAAAUUUGGGGGAUACUUUUGGCUAUGCAAAAACAUUUCCAAGUCCCAUCUCAUUACAUUAUUGAAUAAUUAAUAUAAAAAUGUGGUAACAUUCGUACAAAAUUUGUUAGUCAUCUAAAAAGCUUGUGCACAUGUAAAUUGGAUGUAAUGAUGAGAUAAUUUUAUUGUAGUCAAGUGUGUUGACUUUGAGGAAGUUCACGAUGUGGGCAGAAUAUAUGGUUCUUGUGUUUAGUGCCUCUUGCUCGAAAAAGAGCUCUUUUUUUUCUGUUAUGAAAUUUUUACAGUUUUGUGUGGCAUUGUUCUCAGAAACCAUAUGAGCAUUUGCCAGGGCAGUAGCUUUUUAUGGCUUAUGCUGCCUACCCCCAAAACAUACAGAUUUUAAAAUCCCAGUUCAUCCUGCCUUCCACAGAAAAUCUUGUGUUUUAAGACUUUUAAAAAAUAUGAACUUCUUAACUUUCUUUUUUAUUUAAACAAACUGUGUAGAGUGCAGAUUGAGUUGACAAGGGGGAAAAAUAUACUUAGAUAGAGAAUAAUAAUAAGAAUAAUAAUGAGGAUAAUGAUAAAAAGAGUCUAAAGUAAUAAGAAGUAGUUAAAUUUUUAAAUGGUGUGAGGGUUAUAUUAAUACAUCAAUUGUUAAUUUUAAAACAGCUGAAAUGUAGUAAUCAAUUUAUGGUAUUGGUUUAAAAGUGUUUUCUUACCUGAGUAUGCAUGAACUGAAUUUGACUCUUUGUGGGCAGUUAUAAUUGCAUAAAAGAAAUCUGUGUACUAGAGGCUAAAGUAAUUUUGGUUCAGAAUUUUGUCUCUGCCCCACAUCCAUACACUGAGUCCUUGUGCUCCCCUCUCAGGAGACUGCUUGCCACUGGUUACAAACCAUGUAUCCAGAGUAAGGUACCAUGUAUAAAACAAAAUAUUUUCUUCAUACAGUUUACAUCUUCUGAAAAGAGGAUAACAUCUCCAUUAGCAUUACCACUGAGUAUUGCUUUAACUGGACCACUUUAAUAUAAUGUUUUGCUUUCAGUUUAUGAGGGAAACCUGCACUGUGUUUCUCUGUUUAUAACAACCCUGUUUCGGUGUUCAUUGAAACUUUGUUUACAGAAACACUUCAAAAAAAGGUAAAUUGUCACUCAGACGAAAGAGGAGAAUGGUAAUAUGAUGCAGUUGAUAUGACUUCAUUUUCUUUUCAUUACAGCUGUUAUCAGUGAUUUACUUUGUACGAAGAAUUUAACUUUACAGUAACACAUUUACUGCCACAUUUGUCAAUGUAUGUCAGAUCAUUCAUACCAUCAUAACAUACCGUUGCACAUGAUGAUUUGCACAUUACACAGACACCUCUGUCUGAUUUGGUGUGUUUUUGGUUGAUGGUUUUAUUAAAAGAAUUCCUGCAAUUCUUAUGUGACGAGAGAGAAUAAGAGCUAUAAAUCAUAACAUAUUUUUUUGUUACAUUUGACAAUACUAGUUCAAAAAUUUGAUCUGCAGAUAGUGCUUAUUUUCUUAAAAAACAAAACAAAAAGCAUUCCAUUAGUUGAUUAUGAGAUUGUGUAUUUUGUACUUUCUUUCCAGGAAUCUCACAUUUUCAUUAUUUACCAGGGAAUCAGUGCGUAAGGUAGUAUUUUAUAUGAAUCUGUAAUUAAUUCCUUCAGCAUUUGGAAGUAUUUUGUUAUAUUGUAAGGAAAUCUGACUGUUGGAAGGCUAAUUGCAUUUUUCCAUUAAAUUUCUGUAGAAUGCAGAGAUUUCCUGAGAGUAUAAAAAAGCUGAGCUAUUAAUACUUAUUUAAAGCAAUUUAAAUUUUAUUGUCAUCCCAUAUCAAAAGAUGUACAAUGGGUGGUUUAAGUUGUAAGCUACUGCAGUGAUUUGCCAUGGCUUAGUUCUGCAGGAAAGUGAGAUUUUGUACAGAUAAUGGACAUGGCGAUUGGGAAAUAGCAUGAUCUGGUGACAAAGACAAUUUCAAUAGUAAGUCCUAACAUCCUCCCUGGUAGUAAAAGUGUGUGGUAAGUAGGGUAGGUGCACUAUCAACCUUGACUUAGUUAACUUAUUUCUCCUAAAGUAGAUUUUUGUAUAAUUUGGAUUGUUGGGUUUUUGUCUGUCUUCCAUUGCUUCAGUGACUGAGAUUAGCUUAUUCUAAUGGACCCCAUAGAGUAGAUGAUCUUCCCCUUCACCACACCUAAAGAUGAGGACAGGCCCAGUCCUUGAAACAUAGUAUAAUUUAUUAUCAGACAGUGGACAAAGUCCAAAAACCCAACAAUCCAGAUUGUCAGAGUAGAUUUGAGUAUAAUUUGAAGAUGCUUCCCCCCAUUGCACUGAGGGGAAGUUUAAUUGCCAAAUACUAAUAAAAAUUGCCCUGAAAGUGUACUUCCUACUAACAAGAGAUGAGUUAAAGUUAGUUGACUCAGUUUUAUUUUAAUUGUAAGUGCUUGAAGAUUUUUGUUUCUCUAAUCUUUUACUCUCAUGGUGCUCUGUCAUGUUAUUUGAAACUGUUCUGGCUAGUGCAUCCUUUCCCUGCAAUUUAUUUGUUUAGAAUAUAUCAUAAAACCAGCCAUCUACCAAGUACUUUGUUUUUUUGUUCAUUGACAUCUCUGAAAUUUACAUCAGCUAAAUAAAAUUAUUUCUUUUAUAAAAGGUAAUGUGAACUUGUAAUGUUAUUUUAAUGUCAUUCCAAACCUGAAGCAAACUUACAUUUGGCAUUGAAUAAGGAUAAAGCAUUCUUUUUCCUGCUUUUAAGUAAUUUCUGUCUCCAUCCCAUGAAUAAGUUUAAUACAAGAAAGCAGUGCUUUUUUGGUGAUACUAGUGGUAUUGUAUUGGCACUUUUUGUAUAACAUAGAAACAUUUGUUGCAAAGGGAUUAAGAAUAAACUUUUUAAUUUAAAUUAGUAUUUCCCAAUCCCCAGUUACAUCUGAGAACUGUCAUCUUUCUUUCUAGUAAAAGAGGCACUGAGUAACAAGGGAAUGUAAUAGAAAGUGUUCCUAAUAUUGUUGAAAUAGCGGAAUUCAGAUUAAAAAUAUUUUCACUCAAGUUGCAGCUGUACUGGAAAGUAAUAAUCAUCUUCUUGAUAGUUACAUUUGUUCUGUCAAAAGGAAUGAAACGUAUCAGCCUACCCAUUUGUAACAUCUGAAUACCAACUUUUCUAGAAAACCAUGGUGACUGUUGAUUUACAUGAGAUGUUUUCAUAAAAUGUAGAAUUUCUCAAAAUCUGCAAAUUUUCUUCUGUCCUGAGCCAGACUAUGGGCUGAAAUUAAUGAUGAUAAUUUUUUUAGAUAUUUUAUAGUAAUGGUAAAUGUUCAUACAAAUUUGUCAGGAAUUAUUCUAAUAUGAGAAAUCAGUUUGACUACUUGAAAUUCAUGUUAUUUAGAAUAUCAACAGUUUCUUUAACAAAGUGUUACUAAAUCCAUGUUUAAGUCAGACACGAGCAGUCUGUAAUUUUUGGCUUAUGUUUAGUUUAUGACAGCUUUCGUGUAGCCCAUUGCAGUCUUACUUGAAAUUCAGAGAUCUUGAAAUAUCUUCAGAUGACCCGUGCUUCUGCAGAUUCUAAAAAUAAAUUGAAAAUAAUUGUCUUUCAUUUAUUUACUUCUCGCCAAGAAUGCUUGCAGUCGUUCAAUGUAUUUGCACAAUUGGUGAUAGGGAAUGCCAAAUUUAAAAAUUAUAUAUAUAUCAAGUAUUUUAUUUGUCAAACCUGUUUGUGCAGAGCCAUGUUCUUUUACAGUCAGGGAAUGUGUAAAGAGUGUUUUAUUUUGCUCUACACAUAACAUUAAGAACUGUUAUGUUUUAAACAGAGCUGAAGAAAUAAAUACACACUUGUUACCAGAUUACAUUUUCAAAGGGAGUUAAUCUAUAAACAGCAUAUUAUGUACCUGGUUCAGAUUUUGGCUACAUUUGGAUUUUAUAAUCACCAGCCUACAAGCAACUUUUUUAAAUUAAAUUUACAAAUCUGUAAAUUAUGUCAGCCUUCCAUAAUUAAAAAAAAUUGUGUUUGUAUUUACAACCCAGUAUUUUGUACCAGUCAUGUGUUUUGUAACUUAGCAAAUAGAACUGGGUUCAAAAUUAGCCAUAGGAGACUGCUUGAAUGAUAUGAUUGAUUCAUUGAAGUGCUUUCAAAACAGAUUUUACUUCCAAGAAAGUCAAAUGGCAGUUCUACAGAUAACCCUUUUUGUGCUGAAAUUUUACUAAAAAAUUGGUCUUCUGUUACUUUAUGGUACCAUAAAAUUAGUAUUUUUUUGAAAACCACAAGUACCUUUCUAAUGAUCUUGUCAAGUACUAAGAUGUUUUAGAUCAAAAUGGUAAAUAUUUCAUUGGGGGGUUGAAGGGUUUGAAGUUUGGAGGUGAUGGUGUGGACAUCAUGACAUUGACACAUCAUUCUGCAGUACAUACCAUCUGAUCCCAGUGGGUGAAUUAUACAUGUAUAAAUACCUGCAAAGUAAGUGUGUUUUCCAUGUCAAAGUUGUAAUAGGUGCCAAGUGUUGAGACUGUGUAAUGUUGGAUUUGUAGAAUGAUAGAGUUUGUGGUUUUGUCGAUUACUCAACCAGUAUUUGUGCUUUGAAGUACAAGCCUCACUGAGAUGGUUAUUGUGUCAUGCAAAGAGUAUGGGAUAUUUUGCUAAAACAGGUGUUCAUAUGCCCUUGCAAAAAUGUUACCAUAACACACUAAUAGUAAUCAGAUCAUCAACAGUUGGUAGUAUAUUGCCCUUUUUAUUGUACCAAGCAGUAUGAACAGUCAUAACUGAUUUUCCACAUUCAAAAUAUGAUGAGAACAUAAAUAGGAAUAUCACAUGCAAAAAUAAUUGGCAUAAAUAAUGAUAUAGAUUAGAAAUUUAAAAUGGCAUUUGUAAAAUUCUAAAUUAUGUUUCUUUUAGUAUUUAAAGCAUUAAAACAUUUGUGUGAAUUUUGCUCAAAAUUUUAAAUAUUUGGCACAUAUAUGUCUUUUAAUUUGAAUCAGACAAUGGCAUUAAAAGAAAGACAAGAAAAAAACAUGUUAGCUAAUUUGGAUUGAUAUUUGAAAUGCAGCACUGUAAAGAGUAUCAUAGUGCUUGUAAUUUGUUCUGGUUGUUAGAUUCUGAACAUAAUUUUCUGUAUUACUUAACGAAGUCCUGAUAUUACAAUCCAGGUUUUCCUACUGCCAAGCAAUAGUAUAUUUUACAAUCAACAGAAGCAAGCUUAAGAACUUCAAAAUAUUUAAUAUUACAUAAAAAUUAUAAGUGGAAGAAAAAAUAGUUCCAAAAUUUGUUGAUAGGGAGUUUUAAUUUGAUUUAAUUUUGGGGUUUAUUUCUUUAUGUUUAGUUCUUAUAGAUUAGUGAUAUUUGUAAUUUUGAAUCUUGGGUUUUCAUUAUUGGUAGAUAUUUUUUUAAGAUGCAAUUGUUGGAGCUUCCAGUAAUUUCAUCUCUGAGAGCAAUGGGAUAUUAUGUUCUGAAGGUGAAAGUGUAAUGUGUGUCUUAAGUAUGCCUGAAUCUGUGAAAACAUUUUUGUAGGGAUUUUUGUGUAUGAUGUAAUAUCUUUUCUGGUUCUCCCAAUGUCCAUAAUAAUUAGCUGUUCUCUUUCCUCUUGUAGGUAGGUUUUUAUAUUCAGUGAAUUUGAAGAACAGUACAUACAUGAGGCAUGUAAGAAAUGUGGAGUGUUAAGAAUGGAAGUGUCCGGUAUGGGUUAAUGGUAUAUGACAGGAAGCAGAUAUCUCACCUGUCUUCUGAGUAUUGGCUUGAUAAUGGUUUAUGCUGUGGAAGUAAGGUGUGAUAAAUGUGUUCUGAAGAAGGUAAGACAGACAGUAAUAGUAAUGGUUUGUCAUGUACUGUGAUGGGUAAUCAACAUUUAUUUGUUAUAUAAGUGUGUUAAGAUGUAAUGAACAUGUAUUUCCCACUUUCAAUAUCUUAUGGACAUGGUACUGUUUUUUGUUUUCUUUUCAUUACUAUAAUAAAGAGCAAACUUUUAAAAGUU